AUGACAUGUCAUAAAAAUUUCAGCGUGAAUUCUUCGACGCUACAAGCGGUCACUGCCAUGGAUGUGGGCAUAGUAGCGCUGACAUGUAUUGCUGGCAUCGGUUGCGGUCUUUGCAGUGUUAAGCCUACACAACAGCUCAAUAUGCGUUUAAGGAAGCUAGACGAAACUCUGCACUUCUUUGUGAAUUUCGAAAAUGAUCGCUUUAUAUCUAGAAUUUUGGCCAUAGUCACACCAAUAAUGUUCGGAGCAAUCAUAAGUUUCGAUUAUUUUGUGUGGAUGGUGAUUGGGUCACAACAUUUUCUUGCCGCCACUUUUAAUUGGUAUAUACCAUUUUAUGGCACUUAUUUAGUGAUAAUUGGAAGUCACAUUUUAUAUGCCAAUAACGCUCUAGGGCUUGGUAGACGUUUUCGUCGUUUGAAUAAGAUAUUAAAAUACCAUUUCUUGUUGGACGAAAAACGCUUGAGGAAGACUUGGGUUAAUAAUUUAUCAUCUGAUGAAGAACAUUUAUCACACCAUGAAUUUGAUCGCCUGAGAAAUCAACAUUCCAAACCUAGAGUUGAGCUGUUAAAAUUACUGGCCGACAAUUACGAAUCGUUGUAUAAGUGUGUAGAAAUAUUUUCCAACGCCUUCAGUUUUGCUGUCCUUUGCAACCUGAUCUCCUGCAUGCUACAUAUAGUCAUCACUGGACAUUUCAUGAUUAUAGCUAUCAGAGAGUUUUCUAUAACUCUGCAGACUUACAGUCAGAUGAUGUGGAUUAUGAUGCAUAUAUUCAGACUACUUUUGGUAGUGGAAGCUUGUCACAAGGCGACCGUAGAGGUGAGUAGAAGCAUGUCGAAGCUGAAUCCUAGACGUUUAUGA